ACAUUAUUUGAAAAUAAAUAUCAAAUUAAUAAAGAAGUUAGGAUAUUUUUUGUAGCAAUGAGUUCAUUUAAUUAUAAAAGUAGCAAAGCCUAAAAUGAUAAAGUAGCUCUCCUUGAGUAAAAGGUCUAAAUGCUCACCUAAUAAUUAGAAGAGUAACAACAUAUAAAUGAAAAUUAUGAAAUUUAUAAAGAACAGCUCUAUUCCUAAAUGGAAAAAUAUGUUGAAAUCAUAGAUUAUACAAUGAAGCUUUUGUAUAAAUUCAAUGAGUUUAUAAAAAGCAAAAGUGAUGAAGCAGUGACUUAUUCUGAUUCUUAAAUAAAAAAAGUAUCUGAAGAAGAAUAACAAUUUAUUUAAAAACUUCACGGAUUGUAUUCGUUAAGUGAACCUAGUUUAGAAAACUUAAAAGGUGUAGAGGAAUAUUAGAUUGUGGGAGAAGAUACUUAAGUAACUAUCAUAUCAAAAAUAUAAGGAGUUGCAAAAAUUGUAGUAGAUAACAUUAAAAUUCUAGGAUAAAAUUGUCUCUAGCAUGAAAAAUUGAAAUUUUACACAGCUGAGAAAAUUGUUUCGUUGAACAAAUAAUAGGAAAAAAUUGAAUAAGAACAUAAAUACAUCACUUUGUAAAUAUAAAAGGAAAUUUAGUAAAACACAGCAAGUUAGAUAAAGGAUCAAAGUAUGUUAGCUCAUUCUAUCCCUAAUAUUUAGCAAUAGUAGCAUGUGUCUCAAAGUGAUGGAACUAAGAAUAAUGAUAUGUGGGUAGAGAUAGUUUCUAAGUUAGUGGAAUAUUGCACAACACUCUAAAUAAAUUAAAUGUAAAUCCAGAAUCAACUGAAUUAAGCUGUUUAAAAGUUAUUUGAUUAAGAUUAUAAAAAUAGCAAUACUAAAGUUAAAAGAUAAGAAAAUUCAAAAGAAUAAGACUCUUUAUAAGAAGAAUUAAUUAAUAAUUUAAACAAAGAUGAUGUAUAGAAUCUUUAAUAAGAAGCUAUUAAUAGAUCCUCAAGAAGUGGAAGCAGAGAAUUAAACAUUUAUCAUGAUCAAAUCGAGAAUCUUUAAUAACUUUAAACAAUUAUUGAGUCAGUUUAAAAAAAAGAAACUUAAAAUGUGUCUCCAAAUCAAAAAUUACAAAUUUAAAAGCAAAUGGAAAAAAUAAAACUUGAAACUUCAAACCACUUUUUAAAAUAAACUUCUGAUUCACUAAACAAUAACAUCAUGUAAAACUAAUCUAAUAGCUUUAUUUAGAACAUUCCCUAUUAAAGUAAUGGAUAGUAAUUAGAAAAAAGUAUUGAAAAAAAACAAUUCGAAGACAAUUUCUCUUUACUUUAACAAUCAAGAACUAAAUAAAAAGAACCUUUUUUAUCUUCAAAUGGAAAGUAAAAAAAUAAUAUUGACUUGUAAAGAUCUCAAGAAAGAAUUCCAGCAGGGAGAGGAUCUAGGAGUCCAUACUUACAAUAAAAUACAAAUUAAUCUUAACUAGAAGUGAAAGUUGAGAAUUUUAUGUAAGAUUAGUGUCAAAAUUACAAAUCUGUAACAUAGUCUUCCUAUAAAAAAUGUAUUAAUUCAUAGCCUUCUACUUGUUAAUAAGCAAACGAUUUCCAAAAUUCCUCUAAACAAGCAGACAUAAAAACCUCUUAAGAUUCAGAAAGUCAAAAAUAAUAAUUAUAUGAAUAGGUAGAAUAAGAAGAUAAGAGAGUUUAAAUAAACCAAUUUGAGUGUGAUGAAUAAAUUAAAACAGAAGAAAGAGUUCCUGCAGGAAGAAGUCUAGCAAGCUCGAAAAUCAAAUGCAGCUUUGAAUAAAAUAGAAUAAUAGAUGAUAAUAAUAAUUUUUAAAUGAGUUCCAAAGAUGAAAAAUAAAUAAAAUCAUAUUAAAGUAAUUGUUCAGAAACUAACUUUUCUAAUAAAAAUUUGAAAGUUUAAUCUUUGAAAUAAUAAUAAAUGGAAUAGAAUUAUGAAAGUUAGCAUUAAUAAGAGAGCCACUCAAAUUUAUAAAAUUAAUAAAUAUAAAUUAAAAUAACCCCUCCUACCAUCAAUUCAGAGGUAUAGAAUAAUUAAAAGCAUUCUUCCUUUUAGUCUUAAGAUCCAUCUGAUAAAAUUUAAAUAGAAGAAUACCAGUAUAAAUACUAAACUAAUAAAAGUAAUGGUACAGAGUAAAAUUCUGUUUAGUUAAGUAAGAGAUCUCUAGAAUUUCCUUAGGCCAUCAACAAGAUAUCGAUUAGUGAUUAAAUUUUAUUAGAUGUAGAAAAUUAGUCUCAUAUGAAAUAGCUAAAUACUUCAUACAAAUCUCCAAAUUUCUGUAUGAAUGAUAAAUCUAAAUUUUAGUCAACAGCUUCAGAAAAGCCAGCAUUGGGUUUCUAAUCUAUAUCUUAAUUCAACAGAUUUUCAUCAUUAAAUAAUAACAGUAAUGCACAAAUAGCACAAUAAGAAGACAACAGCAAUAACAGUCAAGUUAAUAAUAAUAAAUUAAAGACUAUUGAUUCUUCUAGACACUAAUUAUAAAUUUCUGAAUUUAGCAAAAAUGAAAAAGAAGAAUAAAUCCUCAACUUUUUUCAAGGAAAGUUUAACUUGGAAGAUGAAACAAGCAUCAAUCCUCCUCAUCUAUCAAGUCUACAUAAUAAGUUAGAGCGUAUUACUCAUCAAAUAUUCCCUCAAAGAAACUCAAGCUCAAGUAAUUCUCAACAAGAUUUAUAAAGCAUUUAUAGCUCUGAAUAAUAAGAUUAUCCUUAACAAAUGAGAUAAUCUAAAUCGAGAGAAAGAAUAUUUAGUUACAAUAAUUCUCACACAUCGAGCAGAUAAUUACCAUAUAACAAUAACAACCAGUCUAAUGCUAGAGAAUUUGCUAAUAACAGAAACCAUUCUACAUCUAAUAUGAGCUAUAUAGAUAAAAAUAAAUUAAAUAAUAAUUCAAACCUUUGUGUUAAUAGCUCAUAGGAAUGGUAAUUUAGUGUGCAAUAGCAGUAAAAUACUUAAUAAACUAAUCUGUAAAAUUCAAUAAGCCGCAUUUCUAAGACUGAAAUGAGUUGGAAUUCUUUUGAAAAUAUUCAAAUUCCGCUUCGUCAAUCACUUUAAUAACCUUAAUAAUAACAGCUUUCGCUAAGAAGCUUAAUGAAUGUAGUUAAUUAACAAAGAAUUAAUUCAAAUAGAAGUGUGUCUAACACUAAUAGAAGAAGUAAUAAUGACCUAUCUUAGAAUUAAAAUGAUUCUAAUCUAUAGCAAUAAGCAAUCAACAUGUCGUCAAAUUUAUCAAUAAACCCACUUGAUUAGAGUUAAUUGAAUAGAUCAAGAUUAUCUUAAGGAAGAAGAAAAAUUUUUGAAACAUAUGAAUCACACAGAUCUUAAGAUGAAGUAAGAUAACAACAACUUAGCCAUGAUAGCUCAAGAAGAUAAGUUAGCUAAUAUGAAACUGCUAAUUUAGGAGUAAAUAAUAAUGAAAAAACAUUCUAUUCAACAAACAAUCACCUUGACUCUUCAAGAAUAUCUGCUAAUUAGUAAUAUCAGUCAAAUAACACAAAUUACAGAAAACCACCAUAAUACCAAUAAAGUAGCAGAAACGAUGGAUCUUUAUCUGGAGGUGUGAGCUAAAGGACUGACAGAAAUCCUUACAGCUACAUAUUAAAUGAAUAAAAUUUAAGGGAAACAUUCAAAGUAUAAAUAGACAAUAAUUAUAAUUCUAAUCAAAAUAAAGAAAACAAUAUUUAAGUUAUGCAAAAAAGUAGUCAAAGAUAUCUAUCUUAAGGCGUUUAAAAUAAUAGAAGUACCCAUAAUUUAUCAUAAGAAAGAAUGAGUUAAUAAUCAUAAAGAUCAAAGGAGCCACUUUCAGAAUAGUCACAAAAUGUAUCAAUAAUGAGUAAUAAAUCUCAAAAACAAUUUUAUUCGAUAUCAGAAAUAUCUAAAAUGAAUUAAUAAUAAACGAAAGAAAAAAAACCAUUUAGCAAAAAUUAUUUAUGA